AGUGAAGGGGAACCAGCAAUACAGACAGCGCGGUCGGGUUUAGGGGCAGCUGGCGGGAGGAUUCGGCAACUCCCUGAACUUGAGGCACCGCGGAGUGUGGGCGCCGGGAAGAGCGAUUCAAACCUUGCGGACUGUGCAGUGGGUCGGCGGCCAGACAGCUAUAACCCGUGGUGGAAGUAGCCAGUGAGUACCCUGCACCAUGGCACUGCCGUUCCGGAAGGACUUGGGGGACUACAAGGACCUGGAUGAGGACGAGCUCCUUGGCAAGCUGUCCGAAUCAGAGCUGAAACAGCUGGAGACUGUCCUGGAUGAUCUUGACCCCGAGAAUGCCCUUCUGCCUGCAGGGUUUCGGCAGAAGAACCAGACAUCAAAGUCUGCCACGGGACCCUUUGAUAGAGAACGGCUCCUUUCUUACCUAGAGAAGCAAGCAUUGGAGCACAAAGACCGGGACGAUUAUGUGCCCUACACUGGAGAGAAGAAAGGUAGACUCCCAGGUUUGCCAGCUCUUCUUAUUGACUAGGCUAUCCUCCUCUACUGCAUCCUCCUCUGCUGCAUCCUCCUCUGCUGCAUCCUCCUCUGCUGCAUCCUCCUCUGCUGCAUCCUCUUCUGCUGCAUCCUCCUCUGCUGCGUCCUCCUCUGCUGCAUCCUCCUCUGCUGCAUCCUCCUCUGCUGCGUCCUCCUCUGCUGCGUCCUCCUCUGCUGCAUCCUCCUCUACUCUUUUGGCCACCUUCGUCAGAGAUUAGACGCCCACAGCUUUGUCGGUGUAUUCCAGUCCUCUACUCGGUUCCAAGUCUGUAGCUCCUGUAGUGUGGUUUGAGGGAAAAUUUUUAUCCCCAAACAGAAGCCAGCGCAGACUCUUACAGAAGAAACUAUAUCCCUCGACCCAGAGUUAGAAGAAGCUUUGACAAGUGCUUCAGACACAGAGCUGUGCGACCUUGCAGCUAUUCUUGGGAUGCACAAUCUGAUUGCAGACACACCGUUCUGUGAUGUGCUGGGAAGUAGUAACGGUGUCAACCAAGAGCGUUUUCCCAAUGUGGUUAAAGGGGAAAAGAUUCUUCCAGUGUUUGAUGAGCCACCAAAUCCAACCAACGUUGAAGAGAGUUUAAAGAGAAUUAGGGAAAACGAUGCCCGUCUUGUUGAAGUUAAUUUGAAUAAUAUAAAAAAUAUCCCAAUUCCAACUCUAAAAGAUUUUGCAAAGACUUUGGAAGCCAACACGCAUGUGAAACAUUUCAGUCUCGCGGCCACCAGGAGCAAUGACCCCGUGGCUGUUGCUUUUGCAGAUAUGCUGAAAGUGAACAAAACUUUGAAGAGCUUAAAUAUGGAGUCCAACUUCAUCACAGGCGCAGGGGUUUUAGCACUGAUUGAUGCUUUGAGAGAUAAUGAGACCCUGAUGGAGCUCAAGAUUGACAAUCAGAGACAGCAGUUGGGCACCUCAGUAGAAUUAGAAAUGGCCAAGAUGCUUGAGGAAAAUACAAAUAUCCUUAAAUUUGGAUAUCAGUUCACGCAGCAGGGACCCCGAACCAGGGCAGCCAACGCGAUAACGAAGAACAAUGACUUAGUGCGCAAGAGGCGAAUUGAAGGAGACCACCAGUAAGCGCAGUGACCUUUGGAAGCCUGCAGAUCACCAGAGGCUCGUGUUGGUGGCAGCAGAUGUAAAAAUUACCUGGGUAGAAGGGAAAGACUGGAAAUCUUUUUUAACUAUAUGCAUUAUUUUCCUAGCUUAUUAUAUUUGAUUUGUAAAAUCAGUACUAGGUAGUAUUUUGUAUUUGUAGCAUUUCUACUGAGACCAGUUUAAUUUAGCUUAAUUGAAUGGUUUAUGAUGAUUUUUAGGUAAAAAUGCAGUUGUGGAAAGUUUCAGAAGUCGUGUAUGUAAGAAUAAUUUGAAUGAACAUCUUGAGGACCAAUAUUUUUUAAAUCAAAAGGGACAUUGCUGACUCAAUAUUAAUGUUGCUCCUUAUACAUUAAGGGUAAGGUGCAUGGUGGUUUCCUUUUUUAAAAAUCCAUGAAUUUAGGCAAAAGUAUGCUUUUUCCUUAUUAGGGAAAUAAAAUGUCGGAAUUUUGAAAGGUGGCUCAGAAUCCAUUAUAUCUACAUAAGCCAAAGUAGGCCUGCAGGGGACACAACAGCCAUCUGUGUGCAGGUUUCUGCACACAUCUAAUGAGUCUCAGCUGCACGGGGCUGGGUGUGUAUGUCUCCUAUAGUCCUUAGCUCUGUCCCACUGCAUACCUUGUUAAACGUAUAGUUAUAAGUAUUUUUCUCUGCUGUGGGCAUUACAGUUUUGUAAAAGCUAAUGGAUAAAAAGCAUCCGAGUAGAGAGGUUCUUUUCCCCAUAAAAGGCUCUUGGCCAAUACUCAGUUAUUGAGAGUAAAACAGAAAAAAGAAAGGCGCUGUUAGAUGUAGGAGAGUUCAAACCUGAAAUUUGCAAGGUGGCCAUCUCACGGAUGAGCAGUGUCCGUCAGGAACUGACGUGAGCUAGCUAUGGUGGGUCACUCCUACAGUCUGAGCAGCUGAGAAGGUAGGAUUGCCAGACAUUCAAAGUCAGUCUGAACUACAUAGGAACCUCCAGGUUAGCCUGGGCUACAUAUGUGAGAACCUAUGUCAGGAAAAGGAAAGAACAAACUUGUUGUCUGAUGAGGAGCGCUAUAUGUGAUUCCAUAGGUGCAAUGUAGUACUGCCUAAACAGUUAAUCCCCUCCACCGUGUUCCAGCCAAUCACAAAGACUGCUGUUCUUCAGAAACCUCAUUUUAGUAGAUGUUUCCUUCAUCUUGUUUUUUUUUUAACUGCAUAUAAUAAAAAGUAAUUUCUGUAUCAUAGGUUAUCUCUAUCACCUUAGCGUUAGUUAGAAUGAGGGUUUGAUCUGUACAGUGGGGUUGGGUGAGGCUGCCCACCGAUGCCCUGCUAGAGGACUUUCGUCUGUAUCUAUGCUCUGCCCCAUGCAGCUCCUACAGGAGUGGCAGAGGCACACACAGCAGACAGUGGAGAGGAAGAAGGCCCAGGGAAGCACGAACAAGUCGACGGUUGCUUAAACCAUGCCAGUGCUGGCCUGUGAAGUAUUAUACAACUGAAGAAAAGACUUCAUCAGUAACGAGAGUGUGAAGUCAUCUGAUUGAAUAGAUAUCUUUUAAGAAUUAUAAUGGAGAACAGUGUUUACCUUGAUCUUUACAAGUCUGGCACCUCAUUUUGGUAGCAGUAUUUUUAAAUUCCUCUGAGAUUUUUAUGACAUGGUAAUAAAUUAGGACUUUGUAAUAGUUUUAAUUUUAAGCUAGAGAUUUUUCUAAACCUUCAAGUUUUAUGCAUGAUUAUCUAAGAGAAUAUUCUUCACAUUUUUAAAUUGCCCUUUUAAAAAGCCUUAAAUUGCCCAUUUUGUAAAACUAUAUAUUCAUAUUUGUCUCAAAUUAUAAUUUUCAGUAUGUCUACAUGAAAUUGUAUACAUUAAAUUCACCAUUAGUAGCUAAUAUUCAUGCCUUGAAAAUAGAUUUGGUGCUCUACACUUACAGCCAAAACCUACUAUAAGUAGGUUUAAAGAAUACAUAAAAUACAUUUUCCUACGGUGCCUGUCAUUUCAAAGACCAAAUAAACAUUUUGUGUUAAACAUAUUAGCAGACUGUUGGUCAUUUCAAGGAGGAUGUUUGUGAUCCUUAAGUGGCACGUUUUCACCAAUGAAAUGAGCUGUGUCCUUUACAAGGGGUGCAAUCCUGAAAAGUUACAUGUAAAUAGAACUUUAAAAAUUGUUUUAUGGGCUGGUGAGAUGGCUUAGAGGGUAAGAGUCCUGACUGCUCUUCUGGAGGUCCUGAGUUCAAAUCCCAACAACCACAUAGUGGCUCACAACCAUCCGUAAUGAGACCUGAUGCCCUCUUCUGGUGUGUCUGAAGACAGCUACAGUGUACUUACAUAUAACAAUAAAUAAAUCUUUUUUAAAAAAUGUUUU